AUGAUGGACCAGCAAUUAAACGUCUCCUUACCGUUGCUAGAAUGCAGAUGGUUGACAAUAAGUUCUUAUAUUUCAAAAGUUUCCUUCCCCAUGCUAGACAAACUCUUAAGGUCGACUCCUAAUUUGGAAAAUCUGAUGAUAUUUCAUGAUAUUGAGGACAAAAAAUACACUGAGACGUUGGAAUUAUAUGACCUCCUCUCAUUUGAAGAAAACAUAUUCAAAGUUUUCUUACAAAAUUUGAAGAAUGUCAAGGUUAUUCCAUUUUGUAGUGGUACGCGUACAUCUGAAGCAGCAGAGCUUGAUCAAUUCUUGAAGUUCUUACUUGAGCACGCAAUAAAUCUGGAGAAACUGGUUAUAGUGCCAAAACAUAAGGAAUGCAACAGUUGUUUUACUAAUAUCUCAUAG